ACGCACCACUAUUACAUAACGUUACGCUGGGAGUUGAGUUCAGUUAGUUGCACAGCCAAACAAACUUUUUUAACGGACAGAAGCAGACUGACUGAACAUGGCAGCAGUGAAAGCAAGCAAUAUCUUGAUCACAGGAGCCAACCGGGGCUUGGGUUUAGAAAUGGUGAAGCAGCUUUCUGAGAAUUCUUGUGCAAAUCAGCAUGUUUUUGCUACGUGCCGUGACCCAGAGGGACCAAGGUCUGAGGCACUGAGAGAACUGGCAAAAAAGUAUCCAAGUGUGAUCACUAUCAUACGUCUUGAUGCUGAUGAUCCAUGCAGUAUCAAAGAGUCUGCCAAAAAAGUGGGUGCUUUACUCGGAGCAAAUGGGUUAAACCUACUGGUGAAUAAUGCUGCAAUCUUGGCACGUGGCAUCAUUAAGACCAGCCAAGCUGAGGACAUGAAAAACUCCUUCAACACCAAUGUCAUAGGACCCUUAUUGAUCAUUCAGGAGUAUCUGCCAUAUCUACAGACAGCGGCCAAAGCCAGCGGAACACCAGGUAUGUCCAGUAAUAAAGCAGCGAUCAUCAACAUUUCCACUCUUGGAGGAUCUAUGACUACAAUGCCAGCAAUGUUCACACAGUUCCCAGUGCUGCCAUAUUGCGUGAGCAAGGCAGGAUUUAACAUGCUGACUGUUUUGGCUGCUGAGGAGGUGAAGGGGGAUGAGAUUCUUUGCAUGGUGCUUCAUCCGGGAUGGGUGAAGACUGAUCUGGGUGGAAAAGACGCGACACUUGAACCAAAAGAAAGUGUGGAGGGGAUGCUGCAUGUCAUUGGUGGUCUUACCGAGAAGCAGCAUGGUGGAUUUUUGGACUACACUGGAGCAACUCUGCCCUGGUAAACCAGAAGAAAAAAGAUAUCCAUUAUGAGAGCUUCCAAAACGGCUGAUCCAGGUCCAAACUGCUCAAUUUAAUCCAUUAGCCAUAAAAGCCGCAUUAUUCGCACUCAAUGUAUGAUAAUAACAGACACACUAUUGAUAUAAAGCCAUAUUUCUACCAGUAAUCACUUAAUAAAGCUGUAAAGUGUUACUGUUUUUUAUUGUACAUUGCAGAUAUCUCUCUUAUCAAACAUACAUGGGGUGGUUCUAGAAAAUUAUUAAUAGGUUGAAAAAUGGGUGACACAGGGACGCUGAGGAGUGGAAAGACUAAACAACUUAAAUACUGUUAAAGCAAUAUCUCACAUGCAGCAUAAUACAUAAAGCAAAUAACACCAAAUCAGCAGACUGAAUUAAAGUAAAAACAAAAUGAUAUGAUAUUAUAAUAAAUCCAUGAAAUGAGAAGUGUGUCAAAUGUGAUCUAAGAAAAAAAAUGUGAUUAAUAUUUAUAUGAAGAGUCAUUUACUAUUGCUUUAUUAGUAAGUGUAUUGAGAAUGCUUUUGGAAGAUCUUGGUAGUAGGAAAUAGGUGAAUAUUGUUGUUCAUGCACUAGAGAAGGCACAUACUCUGUGGUGGGUAGGUCACCUGUUCAUAUCAUGUGAUUAAAUACUUGCAUUUGGGUUUAAUUAAACAAGUAUUUGUGGCAGGAAACAUAUAGUUCUUCCAUAGACUCCCAAGCUUCUUUAUUGCAAGUAAUGUUUUUUUUAUGAAUGUUAUUAUCGCAUGGACAAUAAAUCAAUAAACCAACCCUA